AUGAGUAGUUUGGAAUCAUCUCCUAGAAAUUCUCUUAAAAUUGUCGAUAUUCUAGAAAAGUACAAAUAGAAAAAGGCUAUCAUGAGUCCUCUUCCUCUUGAAUCAUUUCAAUCUAUUGUUUAAGAAGCUGGAUAAGAAUUACUUCAAUAACAUCCUGAGUGUGAUAAUACUCAUUUCAUUUCAUUCAAAUAGCUCAAUCAAGAUGCUAUAGAUGAAUUAUAAAGAUCUCUUCACUAAUCCAAAAUUAUGUGGAAUAAUUUUAGUAGAGCUUUAUUUGCUGCCAGUCCUAUAGAAAAAUAAAAUAGUUCUAAGAAAAUGGAAUUACUCCAUAAUAGAGAUGCUUAUUAUCGUAUUAAGAAAUAAAAUGAAAUUCAAUUAAAGUUACAACUUGAUGGAAUAAAUAAAGAAUACCAAAAAAUACAUCUUGAGACUUAGGGAGUUAAAUCAUAUCCAUCCAUCUCAACAAAAGAUUAAUUUCGUUAAUAAUAGAUUAAGAGAUAACUGAAAAUGGGUUGUUCCUAAGAACUGGUUCGUUAAGAAACGGAAUUAAUUAAAUAAUAAAUUGAACAAACUAAAUCUCGAAUUAUCAAUGAAGUUAAAAAAAUUGUUGUUUAUAUAUAUAACAACGAAAAUAAUGGUUGGAAUCCUUCAUCGAGAGAAAGUAGUGCAAUGGUAAAUUACAAUGAUAAACUUUAUUUAUAUGGAGGAUCAGGUUCAGGAAACGUGAAUGAUCUUUAUUAAGCAACUGUAGAUAAAUGUAUAAUUAUAAUUAAAUUAGAAUUUUAUAAAUGGACAUUGAUAAAAUUAAAAUAAUAAGUUUAAUCUCGGUCAUACCACACAGCCAACAUCUAUAAAAGCUAACUAAUAAUUUUUGGAGGAAUUUUAUACUCACCACAAAAAUAAGAAAGAAUUCAUUGUGAUAUAACAAAUGAAGUGACUCAUAUUAACUUAGUAAAUAAUGAGAUGAAAAUCGUACAGCAUGCUGGAAUAGUAUCUCCAAGAAAGGGUCAUAUAGCUGAAGUUAUUGGGAGACAUCUUUUGGUUUAAGGUGGUAUAGAUUAAAAAGGGCAUUAUUUGAAUGAUUUUUUAGCAUAUGAUAUUUUAACUUAGAGAUGGUAAAAUGUGGAAAUAAAUGCACCAGUUUAUUAAGAUGGAGUGGCAUUCCAUAAAUCUUGUUGUGUUUUAGAACAUAAAUCUAUAGAUCUUUAUAAGCAUGAUGUCGAUAUGACUUAUGAGAAUUAAGGAGUUUAUAUUUUUGGAGGUCUUGAUUCAAAUGGACAUUAUUUAGAUAAACUCAUAAAAAUAGAUGUAAGAAGAAGACCCAUAUAUAUUGAGGAAGUUUAAUCAAAAGGUAGAGCUCCAAUCAGUAGAUGCUAACAUUCAAUGACAUAUAUAGAACUUACUUAAUAAAUUAUAAUCUAUGGUGGCAAAAAUGAUGAUAUAAAUACUCAAGGAUUUUUAAAUGAUUUAUAUAUCUUAGAAAUACGUAAUUUAUCAUGGAGUUUUGUUGAUGUUAAAAGAUAUCCUACUUCUGGAAGAUGUAGUCAUUCUGCCGCUGUAAUUGAUGAAAAAUUAUUUGUGUUUGGAGGUGUAAAUUACACAGGAUUUGUUAAGAGUGAUCUCUUAAUUUUUGAACUCAAUCAAUAAAAAGCUUAAGAUUUAAGUUAAUAUGAAGCAUAAACAGAUAGAAUAUCUAAAUAAUAAGUUUAUGUCUAAUUUAAACCUGUCUCUCCUCCUAAGAAGAUUCUUAAUCUUAAAUAAUAAAUUGAAUAAAUCAAAAAGGAUACUGAAAAAGUCAAAUUAGCUGAAAAAUUUAAAAGAUAGAGUAUGGCAAGACAUAGUCGUAAUUUAACAGAUGUUUAAGUUUAUAGAACCUUUGCCACUGUUACUGAUUGA